AGGCGCUAUGGCGGCUACAACGGCAGAGGCUGCGGUGGUUGAAGCGACUCAAUUACAGGCUUGCGGCUGCAAGGGCAUCCGGACCUGUCUUAUUUGCGAGAGACAGCGCCACGGGCCCCCGCCCUGGCAGAUCUCCCCUCAGAAAAAAUACCAUUUCCUUUACUGCCCGGACACAGGCUGGGCCGUGGGGCCCCAGGACUCUGACUUUGAAGGUUGGGCCUUCCCGUUCCCGGGAGUGACACUGCUAGAGGACUUUGUGACCACAGAGGAAGAGGCUGAGAUGGUGCGGCUGAUGGACACUGACCCCUGGAAGCCCUCUCAGUCUGGGCGGAGGAAACAGGACUACGGCCCGAAGGUCAAUUUUCGGAAGCAGAAACUGAAGAUGGCUGGCUUCCAGGGUCUCCCCAGCUUCAGCCAGAAGGUGGUCCAGAGAAUGGGUCUGUACCGGGAACUGGAGGACUUCCAGCCCGUAGAACAGUGUAAUCUGGACUACAGCCCAGAGCGGGGCUCGGCCAUCGACCCCCACCUGGAUGAUGCCUGGCUAUGGGGCGAGCGGCUGGUGAGCCUCAACCUCCUGUCAGCCACCGUGGUGUCCAUGUCCCGUGAAGCCCCUGGUAGCCUGCUGCUCUUCUCAGCCCCCUCCGUCGGGGCCCCUGGCAGGUCUGUCCCCUGCCAGGAGGUGGAGGUAGCCAUCUCUGUGCCCUGCCGCUCUCUGCUGGUGCUCAUGGGGCCUGCACGGCACCAGUGGGCACAUGCCAUCCACCGCAGACACAUCAAGGCUCGCCGUGUCUGUGCCACCUUCAGAGAGCUGGCCAGCGAGUUCCUGCCCGGGGGAAAACAGCAAGAACUGGGGCGGGAGCUGCUGCAGGCUGCACUUUCCUUCCAAGGAAGGCCCGUGUGAACACAUCCCUGGGGAAACAUGGACACAAGAGCUGGCACCAGCCUGGCUGGAAACAUGGCUCCAACAUAAGCAUUAAGGGAGCGAACACUGAGGUCUCUCCACAGCUCAUUAGAGUCAUUGGGUUUUGUUUUUUUUUUUUUUUUUUGAGACAAGGUCUUGUGUAGCCUAGGCUGCCUUCAAGUGGAUUCUGUAGCCAAGGAAGACCUUGAAUUCUUGAUCCUUCUGCCACCACUUCCAGAGUGCCUGGAUUCCUGGUGCGCAGCUGUCAGGCCUGGCUUUAUCAUGGUUGUUUGAUUUCUCUUCUUUUUGAGCAGGGUUUCUGGCCUAGACUGGCCUCGAACUCCCUUUAUAGCCAAGGGUGACUUUGAACUUCUGAUCUGCCUCUACCUCCUGAAUGCUGGGGUUGCCAGUGUGCACCCCCACGCUCAGUUGUUUUUGUUUUGUUUUUGUUUUUUUAGGUACUGGGAUAGGGCUUCCUGCUUGCUAAGCAAGCGCUCUGCCAACAAAGCUAUAUCCUACGCUGUUGGGUGUUUUGAGACAAAGUCUCAUGUGGACCAGGCAGGCCUGGACUCACUAUGUAGCCUGUGACCCCAGAUGUCAUGAGCAUCACAUACCCCGCCUGGAGCUGGUUCUGAUGGGCCUGGAUCGUGGACGUUCUUUGGUUUAUUUAAUUUGUCACAGUUUGGAGGGAUUCGAUCUUUUAAAACCUUAGUAUCCGGGAGAAGCAAGAAGGCUCCGUGGGUAAAGGUGCACCACCAAGUCUGACUGCCUGAGUCCAGUCUUUGCUAUCCACAUGGUAGAGGGAGAGAACUCCUGAAGUCGUCCUCUGGCCUCCACACACUCAUUGCCCUUCUGACAAACUUUAUAAUAAAAGAGAAAA